GAAUUCUAAGCCAGCCUCUCAGGAAAUAAGUAAGAUUGGUGGGUUCAGGCAGCCAAUUACAGUAAAGACUGGAGUGCCUGUUCUGCGGAGCCAACCAAUCAGAAUCAAAAUUGUUGUUCCCCCACGGUGCAAGAGGCCAAUCACAAACUCCGCCAUCAGCCUGACCAAAGACUUUGCUCGCUCACAUUUCAGAAGACCUGUUUUGGUCUCAGCUGGAGCUGUGAUCACAGGAAAAAACAGAAGUAAAAUCCAAAUACCUGCUGUUAGAAAUGAAGGAGAGCUCAAAGACAUCACUCAUCUAAAGACUGAAGAACCUAAAGCAGUAUCAUUCCAUGAGACAGAGGCCGAGAGAGGGGGUAAAAUGUGCAAACAGAGAGAUGUUUUGGAUACUAAAAUCAUCCACACUGACGGGUCAGAAACUGCUUUGAUCUGCAGCACCAAUACAGUUAAAAUAAUGAGCCAGAAGGGAAUUAAAGAGGAAACUACAGAGAGUGAAAUUGAGAGAAAUAUUCCUAUAAUUUUGCAAGAAAUGGACUUGAAGUCUUAUGAGACGUUUGAUGAGGCGGGAGUGGAGGAUCAGACGGAACCACUGGACUUGAGUUUGCCCAAGAAAAGAGAGAGUCAAGAGAGGAGGUGCGGGCGCUUUCUGGAUGAUUCUGGCUAUGAGACCUCGCUGAUCAUGGAGGUAGAUGAAUACGAGGGAGAAGGAGACAGAGACAUAGUGGAGGAGGACGACGAUGAUGUAGACGACUCUGUGCCGCGUGUGGAUGGCACAGAUACACUUGAAGACUCGCUUCUGUCCCCCUCUUUCUUUUCUACCUCUGUCUUCACCUCCCUCUCCUCCUUAGACGUUGACACUGAAAACCUUCUUCUCAUAGACGACCAGGGAAUCCCGUAUACUCUCAGUCCAGAUGGGCUCAAAGUGCCGCAGGUCCGCGCUUCCACGUCGGACGAUCCUCAGUCAGAUCAGGCCGGUUCGGCCGAGGUAGAAGGAGAGGGGUCGUCGCAGUCGGCAGAUCCUAGCCUCAGCCAAAGUUUAGAUAAUGCACUAAAUGCACCUUCUGAUGAUCUUUACUCCUCACCAGCCCCUGACACUGAUUCACCAUCGGUAGGUGUCGAUCAGACAAAAGCUCCAGACGUCUUCAUGAGUUUGGUCACUAACUCAGAUCCCUCAAAGGCUGCAGAGCCAAGCAUUAAAGCUGUUCAGGAGGCUAACGCAGUUCUGUCCCCUUCCUCUGGGAUAUCAGUCCCCAGCCAGCCCAUCCAGAUCCUCACAAACCCUUCAACCAGUGCUCCCAUUCUCCUCCUGUCGUCCUCCUCUUCCUCUCCUCAGCUCUCCUCUUCUCCGGUGGGUCUCUCGCUUCCCCUCUCUGUUACUCAGACCUCACCUGGCGCUUCCACCCCCAUGUUUCUUCUCCUCUCCUCUGUGCCCUCUGCCUCUGGUGACUCUGCCGCUACCUCCACUCCUAUCGCUGUCCUCGACCCGUCCACAGGUCAGUUGUCCCAGAUCACUGCAGCAUCAGCCCCGGUCUCCCUCCCUUUGUCCUCUGGUCAGGUCAGCACACUGGGAUCCCCUCUGCACACGCUGUCUCACCCCGUCAUCAGACUGGGUGCCAAUGAUCCCCCUGUUAUCCUGUCUGGAGUGAAUAACGUAAACUCCGGGUCUGUUCUCACCUCUCUCUCUGUCCCUUCGUCCACUCCUGCUCUCCAGAAUGACCACAGCAUGACUCCCAUCACACAAACUCAGAUCAGCUCUUCCGAUUCAAACCCUGGAAGUGAAGCCAUACCUGCUGAAGAAGUCUCAAAUGACAACAACAAGCCAUCAGCUUUUAUAGCAUCGUCUCCGCACCCACAAUCUGCUAGUUUGACCUAUGACCCCUUAACUCAGCCUAGCUCAGAGGCAGAAGCCCAGUCACCAGCCUCAGAGCCCAAAUUUGACCCCUCUGACCUGCACUCAGAACACUUACCUCUGGAUGACCAUCUUUACUUCUCAAACACGGCUGCUCCACCCUCCCCUCCCAUUGGACCCUUACUCUCCUCUGGCAAACUUGACCCCCUCGACCCGCUGGAUCCUCUCUCUCCAGCGGCGUCACCCAACAACAUGGGCUCUCGCAGGGUGCUGUACUGCCAGCUGUGCCCGCGGGUCUUCUUUUACCUCUCCGACCUUGAGCGCCACGCCAUCACUCACUCGCAGAAGAAGCCUCACGUUUGCCAGCAGUGCGGCAAAGCCUUCAAACGCUCCAGCCAUCUGCAGAGACACAAGCACAUCCACACAGGCCAGAGGAACUUUGUGUGCCCCAUCUGUGCCAAACGCUUCAGGGAGGCCGGCGAGCUCCAGCGCCACCAAAGGGUGCACACCGGAGAGAAACCCUACCAGUGCCAACUUUGCCACACACGCUUCGCCGAGCGCAACACGCUACGCCGACACACCAAACGCAAACAUCCUUACCACCAAGUGGCCAUGGAGAUGCUGAAUGAGAGGAGGGACAGAGGAGGCGGCGGUGUAUCUGGAGUGCAGGAGGAAGAGGAGAGCGCAGAAUGGUACAGCUCCACUGUGUCUAACUUGGAUAACUCAGAGUCUGAAAUGGAAACUUAAAGAGUUUGACUCCGAAGUGAAGGGAGUUAGGAGAGACGUGUUGGCACAGGGUGGUCAUAUCUAACUAUGAUUAGACACUAAACUUUCCUCAUUAAUUUACAUUCAAAGAAGGGAGCACUUGCAAUAUUUAUUUCAAUGUUUUUAAUGGUAAUUUAUUUAUAUGAAUGUAUAUUAUUCCCAUUCCAUUCAAUGGGCCAAAAAUACAGCCUUCAAAGUCACAUAUGAUUUACAAUUAGUUUUCCCAUAUGAAAAAAUUUGCAUAUAAAAAAGGGAAAGCUCAUGCUUGAAAUCAUGGUUUUUAUGUGAGGUCAAAAUAUGAAUUAGACCGCUAACCUGCCCCCAUGAAGUUGCUUUCACAUACAAUCCUUGAUAAAACCCUGAAGUGCUCAGAAAAGAAGGAUAAUUUAUUUACUCUAGACUAUUCUCUGCUCUACUUGUGUAUAUAUAAAGAGUACUAUUUGUAAGAGCUGCACUAUCUUAUGUGAAAGAUGUAAUCUAUCUUUCUUACCGUCAGAGACACUGUGAGUCAUUUGCACUUGUUUUAUUUGAACUCAAUACUCACUUUUUUUUUACAUUGUGAAUGAAGAUGCUUACUCUUUUUGUUGCAGCUGUCGAUUUUAUGUAUUUAAUCCAUAUCAUGUAAGAGUUUGACCAAAUG